AUGGCGACUCGCACGCAGCCGCCAUGGAAGGAGCCGACUUCUUCUGUUCCGCCAAAGUUCAAGGUGUACAAUUCACUCACCAGGACUAAGAAUCCCUUCAUCCCGCUUGACCCUGAAGGAAAGGUGGUCACGUGGUACUCCUGCGGACCUACAGUAUACGACGACGCACACCUCGGACAUGCGAGAAAUUAUGUAACAAUAGACAUUCUCAGACGCAUCGUACGCGACUAUUUUGAGUACAAAAUAAAGUUUGUGCAGAAUGUCACCGAUGUGGACGACAAGAUCAUUCUCAGAGGCCGGCAACAGCAUCUCCUUGCGGGUUUCAAGCAGAAAAAUCCGGAGGUGACAAAAGAGGUAGUAGAGGUUGCCACCAAGGCAUUUGACGCAUAUGUGACCAAGAACCUGCCCCUUCUGAGCCCCAACUUACGACCAGAGGAUUUCAACAAAGAGAGCGCUGAGAAAUAUGGCGCUGUCAUCGCUGGCAAGGCGCUUGAUGGAGAGUCAUCACCAGGCGACAAUGAAGCCAAGAUUAAGAUGCACUUGAAGACCGCAGGCGCAGCAGCGACAGCAUUACUUGCCCCUACAUAUGCCGCGGAUGACUUCUAUAUGGGUAUGGAGGAUGUCCUGCUUCCAUACCUGGAUUCGCUAUACGCGUCGUCAAUAGAUGCCAACGACCACAGCGUCUUUACGAAACUCACUCAGAAAUAUGAAGCACGGUUCAACGAGGAUAUGCGGAAUCUAAAUGUCAUGGAUCCCGAUGUUGUUACAAGAGUAACAGAGUACGGGCCCCAGAUAGUGGAGUUUGUGCAAAGGAUCAUCGACAACGGCUACGCAUAUGCGACUUCGGAUGGCUCAGUCUACUUCGAUAUCCAGAGCUUCGAGAAGACAGAGGGAAACCACUACGCCCGUCUGGAACCGUGGAACCGCAGCAACCAGGCUUUGCAGGCCGAGGGAGAAGGAGCAUUGAUCAAAAAAACUUCGGAAAAGCGCAGCGAUGCUGAUUUUGCUCUUUGGAAAUCUGCAAAGGCUGGAGAGCCGGCAUGGGAUUCGCCAUGGGGUCCCGGCAGGCCUGGGUGGCAUAUCGAAUGCAGCGCUAUGGCAAGCGACGUCCUUGGAGGGCAGAUAGAUAUCCACUCUGGUGGCAUAGAUCUCUGCUUCCCUCACCAUGACAACGAACUGGCCCAGAGCGAAGCCUACUGGAAUCAGCCAGGAAAAGCCCAGUGGAUUCAGUACUUCUUACACAUGGGCCACCUGAGUAUCUCGGGGAGCAAAAUGAGCAAGAGUCUGAAGAACUUCAUCACAAUUCGCGAUGCAUUGGCCCGUGGGGACUGGACGGCACGGAGUCUGAGGAUAAUUUUCCUCCUCGGCGGGUGGCAUGACGGUGUUGAGGUAACAGAUGACCUGUCUAAGGCUGGUUCGUCCUGGGAGAGCUACGUUUCGAACUUCUUUUACAAAAUUCGGGACCUCGAAAUCCAUCCCAACACCGGCUCAAACGGGACCGAAGACGAGAAGCUUCUGCAGUCAUUCGAGGCCGCAAAGGAGAAGCUCCACAACGCACUUGCAGACUCUUUUGAUACCCCUACGGCAAUGCGCGCUAUCUCGGAUAUUAUCACAAGUUACAACUCCGCAGAUAAGUCUGGUCUUUCCGACAAAGUCUCUUUCGAAAUCGCACGUUGGGUCACACGCAUGGUUCGCAUAUUCGGUCUUGACGGCUCUGCGGAUCCUCACGACGGCGGCAUUGGAUGGGCUGGCACUGAUAUACCCGCCGAAGCAAAAGAUUUCGUCUACGCCGCCUCCCGCGAGCGAGACGAGGUCCGACACCACGCUAUUGCUGGCGAUCUAUCACCGGAACUUCUGACUUCUAUCAUUUCCAAAGACAAGCCGGCUGCACAGCAGGAGGGUGCAGCUGCUCCUUAUGCUAAGGUUUUGUCUACCUUCCAAGAGGAUCUCAAAAGCCUGGCAGAGAAGAAAGCUCCCGCGAAGGACUUCCUCGCUCUCUGCGACCGGUUACGUGACCUGGACCUAUGGGACCUGGGCAUUUACCUUGAAGACCGCGAAAACGCGCCCGCUAUGGUACGCCCCGUUGACGCCGAGUUACGCACUGCUCGUGAGCAGAAAGAGGCGCUAGCGAAGCAAAAGCGCGAAGCGCGGGAAAAGCGGGAACGCGAAGAGGCGGAGAAGAAGGCAAAGUUGGCCGAGCAAGCAAAGAUCAGUCCUCAGGAGAUGUUCAAGACUGCGGAGUUUAGCGCAUGGGAUGCUGAUGGCCUGCCUACGAAGGACAAGGACGGUGCGGAUGUGCCGAAGUCGAAGAUGAAGAAGCUCAAGAAGGAGUGGGAGAAGCAGAAGAAGUUGCAUGAGGAGCAUCUCAAGAGCGUUGGGUCGUCGGCGUAG